ACUCUCACUUUUUAGCAGCUUUAUGCACGCAUGCACCAACCUCAGAGCCCCUCUUCCACUUAAGCUCAGCUUUGGAUCAUUAAAACCAAACCAUGGAAGUCAUGAUGAGAAACGAAGUUUUCUCCUGUUUUGCUUUCUACGGCGUGCUUCUGGUGAUCAAAAUGUAUGUAAUAGCGAUAAUAACAGGACAAGUAAGGCUGCGCAAAAAGGCUUUCGCUAACCCCGAGGACGCGCUGAGACACGGAGGUUUACAGUAUCACAGAGAGGAUCCAUAUGUGGAAAGAUGCCGGAGGGCUCAUAUUAACGACAUUGAGAACAUCCUCCCCUUCUUCUUCCUGGGUGCUAUCUACUGCAUGAUUGGACCCUCACUGGCUGUAGCCCGACUCCACUUCCUGGUCUUCUUCAUGGGUCGUGUGCUGCACAGCGUUGCCUACCUGUUAGCCCUGCGAGCACCGACCCGCUCUCUGGCCUACAUCAUCGCACAGAUACCUUGUUUCUCUAUGGCUCUGCAGAUCCUCAUGGCGGUCGCAGCGUACGCCUGAAUACCCCGAAGCGAAGGAGUGAACUAGAGGUGCUGUUCUGGCUGGAGAGAUGGCGGUUACGAUCUGUGACCUGGGUCAGAAAAAGCCGGAGGAGGAUACCGAAGAUGCCUCCUGGGAGGGAGAGCAUAAAGACAAGAAUGUCAGUGAGAGUGCAAUAUAAAGUGUGUGAUUACAACGAAGCUGGGUUUUGAGAGACUUUGUCAGUAUUGUCAUUUACAACAUUGAAAUGUGAGAAUGUCUUCAAAGUUAUUUGAAGUUGACAUCCUGUACUGUAUUAUUUUAAAGGAAAAUGAAGUUUGUUGCUCGUUUUUAUUGUUUAUAUUUUGUUGAAAUUACCUGAUGGAAUUUCACUAAGAACAGUUUUAAAUGUUUAGUUAAAGGUUCCAUAUUGCAAAAGUCAGCUUUCCAUUUUUUUUUUUAACAUAAAGCAGGUAAAGGGGCCAUAUAAAAGCUGUGAAAGUAUCAAAACGCUCAAUCCACAGAGAAAUGCAUAAAACUAUGAACCUGAAAAUUAGCUAAAUAUGGGACCUUUAAAGCCAAUAUUUACCAGUACCACAAUGUACAUUCACCCCCCCCUUUUUGUGUUUACACCCAACACAAACCACCAUUUGUUUGGUGUUUUAUCCUCUGUGGCUUCAUCUGUUUCCUGUGUGGAUGUUCCAUCUGUUGUGUUAACAUUUGUUUGCGUACUAUGUUCAACAAAAACAUGAAUGAAUCCUGGUGUGAUGACUGGCGAUGUAUCGAGAGAUUCCACCUGGUGAAAUUCAGUUUGAUGCUUCAACUCUGUGACUGAAACUGUCUCUCAAGUCAAUUUUAAGGAAGAAGACGAAGAAAGGAAUUGUAAAUUUGGACUGAUUAUAAAUCUUGCAGCAACCUGCUGAGGACAAAAAUGGUGGAAGAAUUUUAUCUGUGAAAACACAUUUCAAGGCAAUAAUAAUAAUUUAUUAUCCAGUUUAAUGUAUACAGUGAUGUUUUGAAACCAUACAUUUUUGGAGGCAAUAAAACAAUCAUCAUAUGCAAUCAA